UUUUUUUACUAGCAUAUUAGAUAUCAGUUAUCAAAGAAAUUUUAGAAAAAUAGAAUAUAAGGGUUGAAUAUUGGCUAAAAGGUACAGAUGGCAUGCAUUCGUUUCCUUGGAUACGAUAAAGAACCACAACAAGUAUCGCAUAGUUCAGACAUAACAGAGUCGCAUAGGUCUUUUAUCAAUUUUGCGAAAAUUACGUUCUAAUCCGGAAAAAGAAUUACGCCUAUUACUUUUAGGUUUGGAUAAUGCUGGAAAAACAACGAUAUUAAAGUCAUUGGCUAGCGAAGAUAUUACACAGGUGAAUUUAUAUAUUUAUGAUUUUUUUAAAUAAUUUUGUAAACGGCAAGAGGAAUAAUUAUGAUGAUAUGAAAUUUUUAAAGGUCACACCUACGCAAGGUUUCAAUAUAAAAAGUGUACAAAGUGAAGGAUUCAAAUUAAAUGUUUGGGAUAUAGGUGGUGCAAGGAAGAUUCGUCCUUAUUGGCGAAAUUAUUUCGAAAAUACCGACGUUCUCAUUUAUGUUGUAGACAGUGCAGAUAUCACAAGAUUAGAAGAAACAGGUCAGGAACUUUCGGAGUUAUUAUUGGAGGAAAAGCUCAGUGGUGUUCCAUUGCUGGUAUACGCUAAUAAACAGGAUUUAGGUCAAUCAGUGACAGCAGCGGAAAUAGCCGAGGGUCUAGGACUUUACAACAUCAAAGAUCGCGAUUGGCAGAUACAAUCUUGCGUUGCGACAGAAGGAAAGGGUGUUAAGGAAGGCCUGGAAUGGGCGUGUAAAAAUAUGAAAAAGAAAUAAUGAUCACCCCCUAUAAGAUCUGUACAGCUUCUUCUACUUACAUUCAACUUAUCAUUUAUUUAUUGCUUUUAUCUAAUAUUUACAAGAGGACACAUUGAUAAAAUGCUUUUAUUAUUAUUAUUAUUAUUAUUAUUAUUAUUAUUAUUAUUAUUAUUAUUAAGUCCACUUUCGAUCGCUCCAAUACUUUUUUUUUCCUCUGAUUAUUAGCGAUCGCAUUAUGUUGUUGCAUUGAUUUAUAUUUCAAAGAAAGGACGAUAAUUUAAGAUCGACUACUUACAAAGAAUAUGAAUUAGCGAUAAGUUUGAUAAAAUAAAGUUAAAAAGAAUAAACUAUAUAUAUAUAU